UAUGCAUUGACAGACACACUGCCGGGCAGUAUAAACAUCAGCCAAUCGGGUGUCUCGGAGAAGGCACUGACAGAUGGAAUAGUGGCGACCAAUAGGACGGUGCAAAUGAUGGCUCAGAUGAGCGAAGCCUCGCACUUCCUGAAGAACUCAUCCGUAUGUAACUACACGUGGGUUUUAGACGGUCGCACGUUUGACACGAGUCUGUCACCCAUUCUCUCGCAUAACUUCACAUCCAAUCAUACAUAUGACGUUCAAGUGAUCAUUUUCUGUAAUAUAACGCAUUUGAAGACAAAUAUCUCAAAGUUAGGACACUUCCAGCGAUCUCUUACCCCCAAGAAUGAGAUCAAAGAGAUGAAUGUGACGGGAAAUCCGUUUAUAUUAGACGGUGCACUCCUUCAGUUGCAGGUGACCUGCAAGGGAGGGGAUCAGCCAUUUUGGUAUUGCUAUGAAUAUUCCGAGAAACCGAGGGUUAACUACACGUGCAGUAAAGAACUGUUUCAUACAAAUGACUGCUAUUUUCCAAUCGUUCAUUACUUCCCAAAGAACGGCACUUAUUAUAUAGACAUUGCUAUCUAUAAUGACGUGAAUGUCAGCUACCAUAACGACAUAUCUACCAACAGUCCUAUGCUUUUGGCGGAGAACAAGGCCCUCAACAUUGUCUGCAACUUCACUAACCAUGACCAACACGUGCUGGUCAUCUGGAAGUGGUACAAAGAAGAUGUUGAAUACAACUCCUUCUCAGAUGAAGACAAACAACGAAUUAGUAUCGAUCCUAAAGACGGCUCUCUUUUCAUCUCAAAAGCCAAUAAAAAUGAUAUCGGCAACUGGAAGUGUGAAUCACCCACAGAUCCCAACCUCUUCACCAAAAUUAUAGUCCGAUCUAAGCCGUGGAUGUAUUUGUUUGAAGAGUUCCAGAAGACUAACUACAAGUCUGCGAAUAUAGUGGAGGGACAGAGGUUUCACUUGAAGUGUCAGGUGAUGGAGGACUACACGACCGAUGCCUGGAUUGAGUGGUUUAUGUUCAAUGAAAGCGAUUACAUGGACCCAAGAAGACAUAUGACUCGUUUGCUUCCGGACACCAACCCUCGCAUCAAGAUUGUCUUCGAGAACCAAACCCUAAGCACUCUGACCAUCGACUCUGUGGUGCCGACCGACCGAUACUAUUACCUCUGUAUCUCCCAUAACGGCGUCUCAUCCGUUAACAACACUAUUCUGCUCAGAGUUAAGGAUAAGUUGGGGGCGUUGUGGCCAUUCUUAGGCAUUGUGGCUGAAGUGGUGAUUCUCUGCACAAUUAUCUUUAUUUAUGAGAAACGAAGAAUUAAACCAGACUUCGAUGAUUCCGAUGACAAUAACACCGAACCGAAGGCAUCUCAGGACAGGUCGAGUAAAUCCCAAGACGUGAGACAACGAAAAUAAUAGUCAUUUUUAGUGAUAUUUUUAGUUAAUUUUCAAUUCUUUGAUUCCUUCUUCACUCCGUUUAUUAGCCAUAAAUUGCUCUCAAAAUCAAUUUAUGAAAUAGAAAGUCCGUCAUCACUCUACCAGCUCUCUCUCUCCCUCCCUCUCUCUCUCCCUCUCCCCCCCCUUCUCUAAUCAUUUUUAAAAUAAGUUUCUUUGAUCUGAAAUAAAAGAGUUGAGAUUUUUCUCUAUUGUUUGAUUCUUAUGGUUAUUAUGAAGAACUUGUGGUAUAAAGAGUUCAAUUAUACGAUAAUAUAUUAUAAACUACAAUAUGUUGUGUAAUAGAUGUUGACAUGUAUUGAUGUCAAUGAUUACACAAAAUAGUUUCAAUAAUAAAAGUGCAAUUUAAGUGCAAUCACACUCUAUAGUCCAGGCCUUUGUUUGUUAGUCAUUACUUAAGUUUGAAAACUAUGAAUUUCUUUCAUUAAUCAGUUUUAAGUGAUUUUGAUUCUAAAUACUAUUAUAUAACAAGUGAUUGAUUGAUAGGAUAUUAUAAUUAAAAUAAAAACAAAUUAAGACUACAUUAACCAGACAUACCAUUACUUGUAAUUACAUUAUAAAUACAAUUAUUAUUCGAUUGUUUGAAUUUUGCCAAC